GCCGUAAAUUCUACGGGUCGGUGAUUUCCAACUACAUUUCCCCUCACCCAGCUUCCUUUGCAGCGGCAUUGGUACCACGUGACUUGGCUUUAACUAGAGGUUUUCAGCAGCAUUUCUUUGCGCCUAUCAUCCAGGGCCCAAUUUUCCCAUCAUGGCCCUCCCUGCAACGGCUCCGGGACAUUUUCAGAGAGAUCUUCAAAGCUCCUGUUCUCAGAGAAGCCCAGGAAAGGGGCUGUUUUGUGUUCACCGUGUACGUGGGCUUUAUGAAGAAAAACAAAAACAAAACCGUGUGGCCCUAUGUGAACGAGUUACGCUGGACCCAGAUUUGGUGGGAAAAGCAGCAAAGUGAAGUCUACUCAAGGAGCUCCUAGGAGUAAUUUGGCCAAUUUCAUGUCAGAGCGACAAACAUUCAAGAGCCCCUACUAGGUGCCAGGCUUUGAGUUAGACGUGGUGGGUAACAAGAAAAAUAAAGCAAGGUCCCUGCUAUGAAGGUAUUCAGUCUAAUGGGAAAGACAGACAUCCGGGUUCAGAGUGCACGCUGGAGGUAAGAGAGGGUGUUUGGGAGCACGGAGGUUGCCCUUGGCUCACCCUGUGGCUGAUAGGUAUCCGGGAAAGCUCUCUAGGGAAGAUGGCAUCUGAGCUGAGUAGGAGUGAGCCAAACCAAAGAAGGGUGGGAAGGGCGGUCUGUGGAGAAGGAAUGACAGGGGAGCAGAAGCCGGAGCCAUGAAACUACUUGAUGUGUGCGGGGAACCGGGAGCAGGCUGCGAUUAUUAGAAAGGAAAAUGCCAGCGAGGGGGAGGGGCAAGAGAAGAGGCCGGAGGGGCAGGCGGGCCACGUGAGCUUGAGCCAAAGUGGGCCCAGCCUCCUGAGCGAAGACCAGAGACUUUAUCCUGAGGGGAGCCACAGAAGGAUUUUAAGCAGCAAAAGUCAUCUGGGAAGGCGCUGUUUAACCUGAGUUGCAGCCACCUAAAUCUUGCUGAAAAGGAAUAUUUUGGAUUAGAAUUCUGUAGCCAUUCUGGAAAUAAUGUCUGGUUGGAGAUACUGAAGCCCAUUACAAAGCAAGUAAAAAAUCCUAAGGAGGUUGUUUUCAAAUUUAUGGUGAAAUUUUUCCCAGUGGACCCCGGACAUCUUCGAGAAGAGCUUACAAGGUAUCUUUUUACUCUUCAAAUAAAGAAGGAUUUGGCUCUAGGAAGGCUUCCAUGCAGUGACAACUCUACAGCGUUGAUGGUAUCUCACAUCCUACAAUCAGAACUGGGAGACUUUCAUGAAGAAACAGAUAAGAAACAUCUGGCACAAACCCGAUACUUACCGAACCAAGACUGUUUAGAGAGCAAGAUCAUGCACUUUCAUCAGAAGCACGUCGGCAGGAGCCCAGCUGAAUCGGACAUUCUGCUACUGGAUAUAGCAAGGAAGCUGGAUAUGUACGGCAUCAGGCCUCACCCCGCCAGUGAUGGCGAAGGGAUGCAGAUCCACCUGGCUGUUGCUCACAUGGGAGUAGUGGUGUUACGGGGAAAUACAAAGAUCAAUACUUUCAACUGGGCUAAAAUCCGCAAGUUGAGUUUUAAGAGAAAGCAUUUUCUCAUCAAACUUCAUUCCAACAUUUUGGUGUUGUGCAAGGACACCUUGGAGUUCACCAUGGCCAGCCGAGAUGCCUGCAAGGCUUUCUGGAAGACUUGUGUGGAGUACCAUGCUUUUUUCAGACUUUCUGAAGAGCCCAAAUCAAAGCCCAGAACCCUACUCUGCAGCAAGGGCUCCAGUUUCCGCUACAGCGGAAGAACCCAACGGCAACUUUUGGAAUAUGGAAAGAAAGGGAGGUUGAGGAGCUUACCAUUCGAGAGGAAACAUUACCCAUCUCAGUACCAUGAACGGCAGUGCAGGUCGUCACCAGACCUCCUCUCUGAUGUAUCAAAACAAGUGGAAGAUUUGAGACUGGCGUAUGGCGGCGGAUACUACCGAACCGCGAAUGGGGUGCGAGCCUCGGAGCCCGUGCUGGACGGUAGGAGGAGGAGCUCCGCGGCCGAGGUGACGUUUGCCGCCGCGCCAGAGCGGUCCAAACCAGAGGUGGACCCCGCAUUGUUACAUCAGUCCCAGAGCAGUUCCUCUUUCCCUUUUCUUUACACAGACCCCGAUCCCAGAGACUACUUUGAGGGAAGGAGUCCUCUGAGCUCCUUCCAGCCGAGCUGUAAGUUUGCUGACAAUCACAUGAGCACACCUGCCGGCCUCACAAGUGAAGUGAGCCCAGCGAGGCGGCUGACUUACACAGAUGUGCCCUAUAUACCUUGUACUGGCCAGCAGGUCAAUAUUAUGCCUCCCCAAGUCUUUUUUUACGUGGACAGACCACCCCAGGUGCCCAGACGGUCUCCGAUCUUGGCAGAGGAAAGGGAAAGGCCAGACAGCUCUCCAGGGCCCACUGCAACGAAGCCAGCCAAAAGGAGCCCAAGGAAUGUCAGAAUGAAGAGCUUUCAGCAAGACUUUGAAGAACUCCAAGAAGCUAUGGCCAGGACCAGUGGUAGGAGCAAUAUCAACAUAGAUCUGGAAGCGGAAGACCCAAAUUUAGAAGAUGCGUUUGCAUGUAACAUUCAAGAGCAAACUCCCAAACGAUCCCAGAGCCAAUCAGAUAUGAAAACAAUCCGUUUUCCUUUUGGGUCUGAAUUUAGACCUUUAGGGCCUUGUCCUACUCUGAGUCGUAAAGCUGACUUUUUCCCAUAUAUGUUUGCAGAGCAGGAGCUUCCAACAGUUUUAAUGCAUCAGGGAGCAUCAGAAAGAUACGUAGCUAGUGAAUCCAGUGAUUCAGAAUCAGAAAUUCUUAAAUCGGACUACUACUCUUUGUAUGGCAAAGGGAUAAGGUCACCCAUGGCCAGAAUCCGCUUAUCUUCUGGUAGUCUACAGCUAGAUGAAGAGGACGAAGACGUUUCUUUCAGUACACCGACUGCUGAAGACAGGACUUUGCUAAAACCGUGUAAUUACUUUUUAGCUUAGAAGUGUGAACGCCAGGAACAUUCCUGGGCCAGUUCCAUGUUGCCAACUUAGAUUAAAAAAGAAAAAAAAAAGGAACCUUCUGCACAAACCAUUUUCUUAGUUACUACUCAUUGGCAUUAAGGGAAUCUCCUGAGUUUGGGCACCGAGCUUAUGAAAGAUCCAGCUGCUGCCUCGUUCCUCAAUCUCCUCUCUUCAAGUUUCCUCUGAAGUGACUCUGGAACAUACCUUCUCGUCACCAGCACUGUUGUAGGGUGAGGUGGCCAUUUAUCAUCUCCAUGAUACAUUUCUCCAUAGAGACGUUAUCAGUGAAGUUCGCGCUCUUCCACAUUGAAGAAUGAGGACAGUAUGGGUUGGCAUGUAGAAUUGUGUCCUUUAGUGAUUUAGUAGAUUGUGACUAUGUUGGUCAUUUUGUUCUUAAACCAUACUGCGACUAAAGGUUCCAGUGCAAAUGUUUCUGUGACGUGUUAAAGAUUUUGAUUUUUAUAACAUAUAUUAGGGGGAGCAUGGCCCUCUGAUGUCUCAGGAACAAGAUGGUGGCAUACAUCCUCUCGGCAGAAUACAAGUUUGUGAUGCAUCUGGGACUGGGAAAAAUUCUCAACCUCGGAAAUUCAUGAAUUAAUUUCUAAAGCCAGAUAUAUGCCUGAUGAAGAUAUGAUGCUUGACUUAUUUCUCUAUUCUUAACUAUUACAUGUAGUGAAAGAUAAAAGUCAACAUGUUGGUUUAUCUACUUUCUCCUGCAAGACUUAGUUUUUUUUUUUUUUUGCAUGUAUGUAGGCAAAGAAACGAGAUGAACAGAAUUUUAAGAGUGAUGAACAUCCAUUUAUUUAAAAAAAUAAGUUGCAACUAUGAUCUUCAUUUUGCUUGUUAUUAUUCUUUUUAAAAGUUUAUUUGUCUAGAGAGAGUGAGAGAGAGCAAGCAGGGGAGGAACAGAGAGGGGAGAGAGAGAAUCCCAAGCAGGCUCUGUGCUGUCGGUCCAGAGCCUGAAUGUGGGGCUCCAUCUCACAAACUGUGAGAUUGUGACUUGAACUGAAAUCAAGAGUUGGAUGCGUAACCAGCUGAGCCACCCAGGCACCCCUGGGUCUUCAUUUUGUUUUAAUCAAUUUCAGAAAUGAUUGGUUCUGGUUUAUUACUAAAGGAAGGGGCAGUUAGAAAAUAAGAAAAAGGAAGGAGGGAGGUGGAAAUGUAUAUUCAGGGAUGAAGUGGUUGAACUGUGAUUGCUGAAAAGAGAAAGGAUCAUGCUAAAGCCAGACUGAGUUCAUGAACCAAGAUUCUAUUCCUGACCCAUUCAGAAUUUCCCUACUAUUCCUCCUGGAAGGUACAGCAUUCCAUCUGAGAACUCCAUUUAUUGAUUUUAAUGUUAAGUACAACAUAUUUACAGGACAAUGUUGGGUACUAACUUCAAACAAAUGAUGCAAUUACAUAAGCAAGCUAUUUUUAUACAUGACUUAAUGGAGAAAAGAUGGAUGGAAUCGUUUUCUUACUUUCCUCAUCCUUAUAUCAGAAAAUAUCCUUUUAACAUACCUUUCUCUAGUCCUUUCCCUCAUUCUAGCACUUUUUUCCCUGCUCCUUGAAUCCUACCCAGUAACUCACAAAUCUAUCUAGCAUCUAUCUAUCUAUAUUUGAGAGAGAGAGAGCACGAGCAUGGGAGGGUAGAGACAGAGAGGGAGAGAGAGAAUCCUAAGCAGUCUUCGUGCUGUCAGCGUGGAGCCUGAUGUGGUGCUUUAUCUCAUGAACCAUGAGAUCAUGACCUGAGCCAAAAUCAAGACUCGGACGCUUAACUGACUCCCAGGCUCCCCAAGAAAAGCUAUUUAAUAGUAAGAAUAUAUUGAAGUCCAGUUAUGUAUGUGUUAAUCCUAUAGAUCCUCAAAGCUAUAUUAAGCUCAUCUUCGACUUUUUCUCUAGGAAAACUCAAAUUCCUUUAGGCUUAUAUGCUAUUUCUCAUCUCAGCUCUGGAAGUCUUUGUGGAAUUUGUUUUCCCCAAAGAGCUAUAUGGUUCAAGUCUGUAUAUGAUUUCCUAAUAAAACUAUUGUUAGGGUGACCGUACAACUUAUUGUCCAACCUAGGACAUUUCUGACUGAAAGAGGACUCUCAAUAAUUUCGUCAUGACAGGGGGGCAUAUCUUCACUGUAGCUAUAAUCAAUGUUUGAAUAUGAAGAAUACCUUCUAGUUUCCAAUGGAGACGUUGGUGUUAAAUUUCCAACAGCAAAUUAAAGGGCAAAGGAGAAAAAAUUUGAAAUAAUUAAAAUAUGACACCAUAACCCCCCUGGAGAAAACAUACACUGAGGACCAUGAAAUUUAAAUAUUUAUUUUUAACCCCCCCGCCCACAACACUGGAGUAUGCUUCACCUAGAAACAGUUUAUAGGACUAGUAACUAUAAUGAAUAAGCAAUAUAAUUCCUACUCAUGAUGUGGCUGUGUUGUCAAGUUUCAAAUAAUCAAUUUAUAAAUUUAUUACCUUUGCUUUUACAAAAAUAUUCAUUUAACCCAUGACAUGAGUUGCAAAAUUAUUCCUAGACCUCUAUAGGUUAUAAACUGUAAUUGACUUUCAGUUCCAUAGCAGGUGAACAUUUCAACUGAACCAUUACUUCAAAAUACAAUGUGUUAAAAGUAAUUGUUACAGUGUAGGCACCAAUGAAAAGAUUUUUCUUGGCAUAUGACAUGACCACAACUUAUUCAAGUGUCUGUAUUAUUACAGAAAAAGAGGAGGUAAUGGCCACUUUGACUAAAACCUGUAUUCUUGAAGAACGUCUUUCUUCUAAUAUUUGGCAAUUAUUCAGGUUUUUAGAAAUGAUUUCUGUGCAAAAACCAAAUUGUGCAGAUCUAAACCAGACGUUAACUAUCAAAACUAAUUAAUACCAAUAAUUCUACAACUACUGAAAAUAUAGCCCCAGUUCAAAACUUAGGCAGGCAUAAUAUAUAUAUUGGGCUUAAAAGAAAAAAGGUAUUACCCCAUGUAACAGUACCAUAAAUAUAACAGCUAAUUAACUGUACAGUCUAACUUAACAUUGUACGGACACAGAUCAUUCUGUACUAUGGUUAUUUUCAUAUGAACUAAAAAAUGCUUAUUUAAAUACCCUUUCAAAAAUGAACAAACGAUGCUUAUGUACUAGAUAAUUAUGAAGAACAAAAAAAGUAUAAA